AUGUUAGAAAAGAAAAAGAAAAAGAAAAAAAAGAAUAAGAAGAAAAAAAGGUUAGGUACACCUUAUGUUGAACCUGGUACUAUAGUUGAAGGUGUAAAUGAUGAACACAACUACACUUAUGACUAUGGAAAUGUUGUGGAUCCUCCCGAUGAAGAAGAUGAUAUGCGUAUGCUCAAGGUUACGGGUAAUCCUGCUGCCGACUUUACCCGAGCCUAUUCUGUGAUUGGGUCACCCUUUUCUGAAAUGUGGAAAUUGGUUCUACCACCGUCGUUUGUGACGAUGCAAGCGUUGCUUGUAGUGGCGUCGUACGUGUUGAAGUUCCCUGGCUACGGCCGUGGCACUUUGCCCAAUACUGUCAAGCAUGUGCUCGUCAAGAUGAUCCGCGAGGUUCCACGUCUCUUCCCCGACCUCGGUAUCAAGAUUCGGUACUUUCACAACAAGUACUAUGGUCUUGGCGACCAACAACGAACGGUGAAAUGGGAUCUUGCCAAGAUGAGCCAGUAUCUACAAGGCAACAGCAUCAGACAGUACUCGACCACUCGGUACUCGGAUACCCAAGACAGCCACGAUUGCUGCAUUGCGAUAUGCAAGGCUAUCAUGGGUGCCAUCAUCAUGAAGAAUAAUCAGAGCAUCUAUACAGAGGAACAGGUCAAGCAGUUGUUGGAACAAGAAGAGACGAGUGUCGAGGCGGCAUUGGACCAGAUGGGACGUAUGGGGUUGCCCCACUGGAGAACGCUGUCUGAUUAUGUGCUGCAUAUGCGAAUGUAUGUGCUCGUUGUAACUCUCAUGGCAUUCCAGUCUGGCGUAAAGAACUAUGUUUCUCCGGUAUUGAUCGAUGGUCUUCAGACAGAGAUUCUCGAUACUUUGGAGUUUGCCCAUUUCCAAUUUGACCAAGACAUGCAAACUACAUUCAACAAAUUUUAUAGGGAAAUAUUCCAUGAUACCAAAAGUCACGAGAAAGCAAAAGUCAUGUUUAACAUGAUGCAAACUCUAAACCUUGACUUUGACAAUAUCCCAAACAUGGAAAAAUUAAAACAAUUAUUCUCCAAAUAA